UGUCUGCCACGUCUUGUUUCCACGUAGAGUCGUCUUAUAUGUUCUAUGUAGAGUCGUCUUCUCUGUUCUCUCUCUAACUGUAAGCUAUGGUGUAGGUCGCCCACUACUCCAGGGAGCGGGUCACAUCCAUUCUUGAGGCAGUUGAAGCAGUCAGUAGUACAUUGACUGCCAGAGUAUCACCGGUUAUCCUGCAUGUGCCGUUGGAGAAAAUUAACUCUGCUUUGGAGGUUUUGUCGAUGUUGGCCAAGGGAUACUGGUCAGGUCUGAACACAGGUCUUGCUGCUAGGCAAUUCUUUCCUGUGACCAGUUCAAGUAUAUCUGAGCAUGGCGUGGAGACUGGUGCGGCAUCUGAAGUGGGGAAAAAGCAAACGUCGGAAGUCGCUUCAUCUUGUCCUGCACAGACCUCACAUGAAGAAAAUGUUUUUUCAAUGCUUUUCCGCCUGCAUAUUGCCAGCAUUGGCGCAUUGUUUCUAGAGGAUUACCAGCCAACACUAGGAUCUGGUCUUGGGCAUGACACACAAGAAGGCAAUGGAAAUCAGCAGCAGCCCAAUCCCCCUUUGCCUUUUUUGACGUCUUUUCCACAUCAGUCCAAAAGUGAUAGCUGGACAAGUGGCCUGAGCGGGAACCAACGUUUCCUUUCCCCAGGUAGAGAUGAUGACGGUAGAGAUGGUGCUUUUGUGGAUAGUUUCUGGAUUGAGAUGUUUGCGGGUGAUGGUUACCGAGCUCAUGCCUCCCUUGGAUGGGAAGGAUUCAGAAUGGGCAUGAAUGUAGAAGGUGAGGAUGGUGAGGCAGCGCUUGACAGGCAACAGGUGCAGAAAUCCUCCGAACGAGAAGGCAAAGGCAAAGAAGCAGCACGAAGAGCGAAGAAAACUGCAAAAAUCGAGUGCAGCAUUGGCCAGUGUUGUUUGAAUCUUUGUGGACCCCAAGGUUGUGGACAAGUGGGGGAUAUUGAGAACAUUGUAAAGCGUCGCAUGAUGUCCGAGGCAACAGAGCGACGGGAUGGAGAUAAGGAUGUCCAUGGGGAAGAAGACGCAGAAGGCAUUCCAACAGCAGGGUCGCAGGUAAACAACGAUCAUAGAGAUGAACAAGGGGAAGUGGAUGGGCAAGCAGGUCCAGCAGGAGAUGAGGGUGAUUACGUACGACCAGAGUUUGGAGUGCCAGUGCCUGAAUCAUUUGCAGCCCAGGAGAGUGUGGAUGCCGGGAGCACCUUCACAGACUUCGGCAGUGCUGCUGAUAGGUUUAGUGUCUGGAGUUCAAGGUACGGCCGUUCGUCAACCUUCUCAGAAACAGGGGAGCUGGGUACGCGGCUCUCAGCUGAAGGGCAGAUACAGGAUGUCAGCAAAGGGCAGGGCGGAUCCAGGGCUGGAGGAAGUGAUGGGGAGGCUCCCAGUGAAGCCAGGUCGGGACAGAAGUUGGGUAUGUUAUCGAGGUCGAGGUCUCUUGGGUCCAUGAGGGACUUGGAGAAAGAGAAUCUGGAGCACAAUGUGGGAGAGAGUGGUGGUGGGAUUGACCUGCGAAGACCAACUGACUUUCCUGCAACCCCAAAGGCAGCCCCGGUAGACCAAAGGAAGCACACUGGGAGCAAGAGCACUCAUUCACAAAAUAGUGGUAGAAGAAGUCUGUCCAGGUUAAAAGGAUUGUAUGUGGAUGGCAGCAGUGGUGAGAAAAACAAAGGAGACACCUGGGAGGAUGCUCUCUCCCCACGUUCUGUUGGAGAAAUGAGCUUCAUGACGGCAGAGGCUGAAAGCUCGGACGGGGAGCUGAUGACAGAGAUGGGACUAUUGAACGAGAUGUCGACCAGUGGGAUUAUGUGGGGAAAGCAGUGGGCAGUUGCUAGCCUGCAAAUUGGAAGCUUAGUGUUGAGGAGAGGUGACUAUGAUGGGGUAGCUGACUUGAGAGCAGUGGCAGAACAGGUCAUGAAGGGGUCAGAUGAGAUUGACAUAACCCUCCUUGUUGCCGAGAAUUUGACAAAAGUUCGGAUGAAGUCAGAGGGAGGGCUUGUGUAUAUUGACACUCCUGUUUUGGAAGGCGUCAUCACACGUGCUUGGAGGUACUACACCUCAUUGUUGCAGUCCGUAUCGAAGAUGGAGAUCUUGAAAAUGGCUUUGCUCUCUUCAAGGCCUGUCUCUGCUGAGACAGUGACAGAAUCUGGCGAUGUGUCAGACUCCCAUCACAAUGCUAGUUCAAGCAGUGGAAUGUCAAUAACAUGGCAGGGUGAAGGGUCCAUGGUCAUCUCGGAUUUGUCUGUGGUGUUGGCCAGGCCUCCUCUUGAUGCAAAUGUCACAGGUGAGGGGCUCCUAUUGGAAUUGGACUCUUCACUGAAUGUAGUUAUGGACAUGCAAGAGAUCCUACUCUCAACACAGAUCAGUGGUUUUGCUGCCCGAGGGCUCCUUACGUCACGGAAGCCUCUGACAGUACGGAGGGCGGACAUCAUUGGUGGAAAUGGCUAUCAUAAAGAGGUCGAUGAGAGUGUGGUCCGUGAUCCAGAACUUGCGGUCCAGUUCCCUACAGAGACAUUUUAUGAGGCAGAGCGGGAGACCAGGCAGGCAGGAAGUGAGGAGGUUCUAUUUGAAGGGGAGCCACGGGUCAUUUUAGACUGUAUGGAGUCUGCGUGCGAUCUCAGACGGGCUAUACAUCAGGAUGGCAGCGCCGAUGAUCUCGGCCCGUCCAAGGAAGGCGUUUGGGAAGGGCGAGUUUCGAUUGGAGGUCUCCACGCGGCAGUCACCACAUAUGAAGUGCAGUUGUUGACAGGUUUACUGACACCCCUCCUGCGGGUGUCGUCUUCCAUGACAAGCGCUGAGAAUAAAGAAGAUGAUGCAGGGAUCUUUCCGGGUGCAAUGACUUCAUCGUCUGUUCCUGCGUUGCCAGAUUCAGAGACCGAAUCACCAGAAAUACCAUACCUGCCUCAUGGUUCGGUAAUUGCAAUCAGGGAUGUAUACGAGGAGUCGUUUGUUGCAGUAGAGGAGCACAGCGGCACAUUGGGGACAUUCUCAUUGACAUCAGUGCGUCACUACGGCUUGGCUGGAGAGAGGGCACUUUUCAAGGUGAAGCGUCUGCGGAACAAGAAGCAUAAGGAGCAGCCGUGGUUCUGUCUUUUAUCUCUGUAUGCUCGGCACAGCACAACCGGAAGAGCCCUGAGGUUGCAUUACCAACCAGCCUCUGCACUACCAGAGAUUGCAACAACAAACAACGGUGCAUGGGAGCAAUGGCAGCUGUUGCCGGCAAAACCGCCAGAUUAUCUUGAUGGAGUUAUUGCUCACGAUGUUGAUGAAGGCAACAAAGAUGGAGAUGACAAGGAGCAGAGGAAGGACAAGACGUCUGCGCAAAGGACCGUCUACCUUGAGAACAAGAAGGCCGGUCGUUGUCUGUCUAUUUCAGAUGGUUCAGUGGUACUGGGAAAAUACAGUCAUCCCCUAAAGAUCAAAAUAGUGGCAUUGCCCAAGGAGGGCGAGACUGAUGUGGAAUUUCAAAUGGAAGAGGCAGAGGAAAGGGCCAAAAGGAAAAAACGAAGGAAGGGGGAGAGCAGCGCACCGGAGCCUGUGCAGGAGUUGGUGAGAUCCCCAACUGAGCAAGUUGCUAUUGCUCUGGCAAACAUUCCAAGCGUCAAUGUUGUUAUCAAAGACGGCUUGUCAAUCACAUUGUUGUAUGAGGCUGCAGGUGGAGCACAUUUGCUGCCUCUAGUUCGAGCCAGAGGUGAGAAGAUGGAGGCGACCGUGCAGCUUGGGACAGAGAAGACACGGUUCAUUGCCAGCUGUUCAAUUGGAUUGGAUUACUUCGAGGUUGAGCGUGGGAAAUGGGAGAAAAUUUUUUCGAGGAUAUCACUGGAGAUGCUCUCCCGAGGUCGUGUGCUGGCUUCUUCUCUGGCUAGAAAGGAAUGGAAGGCACCAUCGAGAACAUUCAUUACUUUCCAGAAGGGGGAUAUGGAGAGGAGAAGGAGGAUGUGGACAAGGAGGACGACGAGGAUAGAGAGGACGACGAGGAGUCAAGAUGGGGGAGGAGAAGAGAUGGAUGGAGGGAAAAGAGGAAGGGCAGGAGGAGGAGGACGAGUGGGAGGAGGAGGAGACAUGGACGGCGAGGAAGGGGAGGACACGAGGAAGGGAAGGAGACGAGGAGGCAUGGAAGAUGAGGAAGUACGAGGAGGAGGAGGAGACAAGGAGGAUGAGGAAGGGCAGGAGGAGGAGGACGAACAGGAGGAGGAGGAGGAGGAGGAGGAGGAGGAGGAGGAGGAGAUAAAAAGGAGAAGGGAGGAGGAGACAUGGAGUAUGAGGAAGGGGAGGAGGAGCAUGUCCGAGCUGGCGAACCUCCAGCGGGCCGUGCGGAACCAUAAGACUCAACACGAGGAUGCCACACGGGCACUGGAUGCCCGUGUACUGGACCUGGAACAGGCUGUACCAGGACCAGAUGCUGGGGCUUCCAGCAGUGCAUCCUCUAGCCGCCAACUGGAGGAACGCGUUGACCACGUAGUGGCAAUGCUAGGAGACAUAAGUGCCUUCACAGAGCUGGCCACCAUCAGCCAGCGGUUCGAGUUGCUGGACACUAAGAUCAGACUUCAUGGUGCGCGCCGGCCUUGGUCCACGUGUCCGGAGGAAGUCCCAGCCUACGCAACUUUGGCAGACGGUCAUACGCACAAGUCCAUUGACCGGUGCAUUGACGUCGUCCCCGUGUACUUUGCCCCUCACGCAAGUGAGGCGGUGUCCUUUGAUAUCCUGGACACCAAAUUUGACAUGAUCUUGGGCAUGUCAUGGCUGCGAAGCGAGGAUCACCCGGUGAACUUCUUCCACCGCACCGUUCACAUUCGUGAUCGGAACGGAGUAUUAGUUCCAUGCACGGUACCUCUUCCUCAUCCUUCCAUCAGCUGCCAUGUGGUAUCCGCCGCAAGCAUGCGAGCAUCCAUCAUCAGAGACGACAUCGAGGAGAUGGGGGGGUGUUUUCUCCACGCCCUCCCGCCCCGAGACGCUUCAUCGACGGACUCAUCUUCGGAUCCACGCAUCACCGAACUUCUCGACGCCUACAGCGACUUGUUCGAAGGCCCGCACGGAGUAGUACCGGAUCGGCCCAUCCGCCACGAGAUCAUCCUCGAGGACGGGGUCGUACCUCCGUGCGGCUGCAUCUACCGAAUGAGCGAGGAAGAGUUAAGUGUGCUCCGUGCACAACUCGACGAUCUUCUAGAGAAAGGUUGGAUUCGGCCUAGCUCAUCGCCAUACGGUGCUCCUGUCCUCUUCGUCCGGAAGAAGAACAAGGACCUGCGGUUGUGCAUCGAUUAUCGCAAGCUCAACGCGCAGACGAUCAGGAACGUCGGCCCUCUCCCACGCAUCGACGACCUUCUCGAGCGAUUGGGCGGCGCCCAGUUCUUCUCUAAGCUGGAUCUCAAGUCAGGGUACCACCAACUCGAGAUUCGCAAGGACGAUCGCUACAAGACCGCGUUUAAGACACGGUAUGGGCAUUUCGAAUGGCUGGUCAUGCCGUUUGGCCUUACGAAUGCCCCAGCCACUUUCCAAGCGGCUAUGACAACGGAGUUCCAACACAUGCUGGAUCGGUUUGUACUCAUCUACCUCGACGACAUCUUGGUGUAUAGUCGGAGUUUGGACGAGCAUGUGGAACACCUGCGCACCGUUUUGGAGCGGCUACGACAAGCCAAGUACAAAGCCAACCGCGACAASUGCGARUUCGCRYRGCAGGAGCYGGARUACUUGGGACACUAUGUGACGCCGCAAGGCAUCCGUCCGCUUGCGGACAAGAUCGAGGCCCUACGAGUAUGGCCCGAGCCCACCAACACCACGGACGUUCGUUCAGUCAUGGGAUUGGCGGGCUACUAUCAGCGAUUCAUAACCGGAUACUCGAGGAUUGCUGCACCUAUGACGAGGUUACAGUCGCCAAAGGUGCCAUUCGUAUUCGAUGACGCCGCACGCUGGUCAUUCCAAGCACUUAAGACGGCUAUGCUCAUGGCACCCGUCCUUAGCAUCUAUGACCCCACCCUGCCGACGCGAGUGACUACGGACGCUUCCGGCUGUGGCAUUGGGGCAGUCUUGGAACAGCACGACGGCGACGACUGGCACCCUGUGGAGUAUUUCAGCCACAAAGUGCCUCCCAUCAACUCGCUUGAUGAUGCAAGGAAGAAGGAGCUGCUCGCAUUCGUCAUGGCUCUCAAGCGAUGGCGGCACUUCCUCCUUGGGCGUCGUAGGUUCACAUGGGUCACGGACAACAAUCCAUUGACUUACUACAAGAUGCAGGAUACGGACACCGGGGCACUGCCACGACGCAGUGCCAGGCUUGCAGUUCGUGCCCGACCUGUGGUACCUCCAAGACCCAAGCAGCGACUCAGCAAGCGGAAGACUCCAGCAGCAUCAAGUACAGCAAUGACAGUACCGGUUAGCACCGGGGUUCUUCCCGCAUGCCCGGUCCAAGGGGCCGGUGAGCCGUUGGCAGCUUACCUUCAGCGGGUACAGGCAUUCACAGAUGCCGUAGCUACCGCAAAGGCACAGGAGGAGGCAGCAGAGGCGGAACGUCAGCGGCUGGCCAAUGAGGCGGCAGCCCAAGCUCAACACACUGCUGAGGCUGACGCAGCAGCACGAGACCAACGGAAUGCCAGCAGCACGGAGUCCCUGAUUCAUAGUGAGAAUCAGUGGACAAUGUUUCUCCAAGGCAUGAUCUUUCUGCCUUCGGACGCGCAGGCAGAUCCGACACCGGCGGAGGCAGAGAAGACUCACCUGGCUAACUUGAUGCUGGGCAUGAUGAGAGGAAUCAUGUGGAAUAACACACUGCUGCAGGCACAUCUGCGCACGGAACAACAGCAAAGACAGAAGUACCAGCAAGACAUUGCUGUUUUAACAGCUGCCAUCCGUGCCGAAGCUUCACAGCAGCAGCAACAGCAUCAGCUGUUGAACUCCGCUCUCGCACGCAUCAACAACAUUGAGGCUAAUGCCACAGCAGCGCUAGGCUGCACGAUGGACGCGACGAAGCAGCUUAACGAGCGCAUCGAUCACGUCGUCACUAUCAUCGGCGAUAUAGGCGAUUUCACUAUCCCGGCCACAAUCAGCAGCACGGUGGCCGCAGUCAAGACGGACAUCACCAAGCUGCAGACGAGACCGGACGCCGCUACGAAGACUUACAAGAUGCCGCACUUCGACAUCAGCAAGUUCGACGACUACAACAAGUCGGACGCCUUGGCAUGGUGGCAACGUUUCCUCACGGAAGCAUCAUGCCGCACUGUCCCGGCGGACGACAUGAUGAAGGCGCUCUACUUACAACUGAUUGGAGGAGGGCAUGCAUGGAUGAACCAUCUGGCGGCUACCAAGAAAUGCACCAUCGCCGAACCCCACACGCACAUUCCGUGGAAGGAGUUCGAGAAGCUAUGGCUCACCCGGUUCAUGGUUCGCAAUGUCAUGAACGCAGCCAUGAACGAGGUGUACACCUGCUCUCAAGGGAGUAUGCCAACUCGAGACUGGACAACCAAGUGGCAGAAGAUAGUGACCACGCCAGGCUUCGAUUUGAGCUUUACCAAUCAGCGAUCCGAGUUCUUCUCGCGAUCGUGCGCAGGAUUGCGGUCGGCACUCGGCAACGAGUACGAUUAUGAUUCAUUCCAGGCCAUUCUGGAUCGUGCGAACUUAGUCAUCCAAACGGAUGACAAGGCCGCAAACGAACGGCAGUCCCAACCGCAUUAUGUGGCUAAGCAGGGCUAUCAACGACCGACACAUAACAAUGUCGUGAUUUCUGAAGAAACAGUCGAUCUCCACGCUGCAGCAGCAUCCUCGAGUGAUGGAAGAAUUGUAGCAGCGCUCCCGCCGAAGCGUCCCAAGAGAGUUCGGAAGAACAAGGCGACACAAGAGACGGCAUCAAUGUCAGUGUCUUUUGACAUCCUCGACACCAAGUUCGACAUGAUUCUAGGCAUGUCUUGGUUGCGUAGCGCCGAUCAUCCGAUGAACUUUCAGGACCGAACCAUUCACAUCCGUGAUCGGAACGGAGUGUUAGUCCCAUGUACGGUCGCGACCGCUCACACUUCGAUUGCUUGUCACGUGGUUUCCGUUGCGAGAAUUCGCGCCGCCAUAGCUAGGAAUGACGUCGAGGAGAUGGGCCUUGCAUUGUUGCAUGCCCUCCCCUCGCCGGACGGACCAGCCGCGUCACCGCCAGACCCACGCAUCACUCACCUCUUGGACAAGUAUGGAGACGUCUUCGAGGCGCCCACCGGAAAGGUUUCGGAUCGGCCCAUACGUCAGGAGAUCACUCUCGAGGCUGGCGCCGUCCGUCCGCGUGGAUGUAUCUACCGCAUGAGCGAAGAGGGACUCGAGGUGCUUCGUGCACAACUCGAUGACCUUCUCAACAAGGGCUGGAUUCGCCGUAGUUGCUCGCCAUACGGUGCACCUGUUCUCUUCGCCUGGAAGAAGAACAAAGAUCUACCGUUAUGCAUCGACUAUCGCAAACUUAACUCACAAACCGUAAACAACGCUGACCCUCUCCCUCGGAUUGAUGAUCUCCUUGAGCGGUUAGGCGGCGCGACGUACUUCUCGAAGUUGGACUUGAAGUCAGGCUACCACCAGAUUGAAAUCCAACCUCAAGAUCGGUACAGGACCGCGUUCAAGACGCUGUACGGGCAUUUUGAGUGGGUUGUCAUGCCCUUUGGCCUCACCAAUGCCCCCGCAACUUUUCAAGCAGCUAUGACGACUGAGUUUCGCGACUUGCUCGAUCGCAGCGUCCUCAUCUACCUCGAUGAGAUCUUGGUCUAUAGCAGUACGUUGGACGAGCACAUCACACACCUUCGCGCUGUUUUGAAUCGUUUGCGACUGGCCAAGUACAAAGCGAACCGCGACAAGUGCGAGUUCGCCAAGCAAGAGCUUGAGUAUUUGGGCCAGUAUGUUACGCCGAAAGGCAUUCGUCCCUUAGCGGACAAGAUCCAAGCCAUCAUGGAUUGGCCGGAACCCCGUUGUAGGACGGAUGUACACUCUUUCUUGGAUUUGGCCGGAUACUAUCAGCGAUUCGUCGAGUCAUACUCGAAAGUGGCCGCUCCUUUGUCGAGACUUCAGUCCCCGAAGGUGCCCUUCGAGUUCGACGACGCAGUCCGUGGCGCGUUCACGACGUUGAAGGCAGCAAUGCAAGCCGCACCUGCCCUCCGUAUAUAUGACCCCACCCUACCCACCCAAGUGACUACGGACGCUUCGGGAUACGGKAUUGGUGCGGUGUUGGAACAGUGUCACGAGGACGGUUGGCAUCCGGUCGAGUAUUUCUCCCAAAAGGUGCAGAACCACACAGGAGUUCCAUUGAACUGUCAUCUAGGGACUUGGCAUAAGAUUCAGCCUCAAACCGCUGAAGAUUUCCUCAUUAGGCGCAUGGCAUCUCGGCGGGACAUCCGUGCUGCUCUGAUGAGCUCAUCUAUUGUUAUUGGCCUGGGCGAUCCGACAACAGGAGUUACAAUUUCAGCGCUGAUGUCUGUGCCCUUGACUGAUCCAGGAGUGCAAAUUGUCAACUUUCAGUUGCGUGGUACUGCAGAAGGAGACCAGAAGUCACAUGUGCCAUUGGUCGUCAGCAUAUCAAAGCAAAGCCAGGAAGGGCUCUUUGUCAGCAUAUCCCCUUUGCUGACAGUGGGCAAUUUGAGUGGGAUGCCCCUUUUUGUCCGCUACUGGAAACUUGGGGCGUCAGACGAAAAUGGCAAGGCUGAAGAUGGGGUCAUGCGGCUUGACAAGAAUGAGGCAGUGGACGACCUGAUGCAUAGCUUCAAUGUUAGAACAGAGGGCGGUGAACGAAGCCAUCUAUUCGGAGGCCUGGAUUGCCGCCAUCCUGAGGGAGAGGAAAGAGGAGUUCCUGAAGCAGGCGAAGUUAAAGGCUAUUGCAGAGGAGCAGGCGGUGAAGAAGAAGCAGUUAGAAGAAGAGAUGUUGAGGUUUCAGAAGAGAAGAUAAUGAUGUUACAGCGAGAGGAAGAAGAGAAGAGAAGGGCUGCAGAGGAAGAAGCAGCAGCAGAAGAGGAGGAAGAAGAAGAAGGAGAGCCCCUUGAAAGAAGGUGUGGGGAAGAGAGAGGAGAAGUCAGUGGCACGAAGGAGGAGGACAAAUGGAGGGAGAAGAAGAUCAGUGAAUGGGUGGCUAAUUUAUCGUUGGGAGAAGAUGAAGAGACACAGUUAUAUGUGUCACAGGAGGAGAGGGAGGCGUUUGCCAGGGCACUGGAGUUGAUAGAGGAUCCCCUGGAAUGUCAAGCGACAGAGGAUGAGAAAAAGUUGGAGUGGAAGUUGAAGAUGAUGAGGGAGAAGAAGAGGAGGAGGAAGGAAGCCAGCAGAAUAGCCGUGGAGGUUGAGCGAGUGCGAACCGGCAGGCAGGAGUUGCAAGCCCAAACAGAGGUCUUUGCCAAGCUAGACAAGAUGAUGGGCUUCCUGGAAGUCUUGAGUGAGGCCUGGCUGGAGGCGCACCAGGCCCGUAAGGGUCAAGAGGUGACCCUGCAAGCAAUGCGAUCUGGGUUCAGGGAGUUUGCGAGCGACGUGGUGGGCCACGUCGGGUCUGAAAUUAGAAGAUUGAGGGAUGGCGUAGACAAGUUCUGCGCCGGUGCCAUUGAGACCGCCAAAAUUGUGGCCACAACAGAGGCCACGGCGCGUCCCCACAAAGAGCCAGUCAAUUAUAUUAGCUGCAAAGCGCUGAAGAAGUUGAGGCUAGGAUUGAAAGUCCAAAAGUUAGAAGACCCCAUAGUUACUGUCCUUGCAGACAACCGCACUAUGCGUGUUGAGGACUACGUAGAGGGAGUUCAGGCGUACUUCCGCCUGGAGAAAGAUGGGAAGGUGGAGAAAGUUAUCCAUUCCCCGACUCUCCUUGUACAGGAUGACCUUCCGUUUGACAUAGUCCUAGGCCUGGACUGGGGAGAGGCAGCAGGGGCCACACUCCACUUGAGAGAGCACGAGUGUAGGCUCCCUAGUCCGUCUGGCGAGGUUAAGACUGCCCGCCUAUUCCAUGUGUCAAGAGUAGAUAACUCGUUGGCACAUUGCUGUCUCAGUGCUCCCGCGUUCGCGCGACUAGUGAGAAAGGAGCAGUUAGAGGACCAGGUCUUUGUAGUAUAUGUCAGACCUGUCACUGAGCCUAAAGAAGAGGAUAGAUCCACGGAUCCAGCCAUUGCCAAGCUGCUGGAAGAGUUUGAAGACUUAGCUGAGCCGCCGACAGGAGUAGUGCCGUGGCCGAUCCAGCAGAGGAUAGAGAUAGAGCCUGGCAGUAGGACUCCUAAGGGAGCCGUCUACAGGAUGUCCCCUAGAGAGUUAAAGGAGCUGCGCAAGCAGUUGGACGAGCCCCUUCAGAAGGGUUGGAUUAGGCCCAGUUCGUCUCCUUUUGGAGCACCAGUCUUGGGGAAGCUAAGAGAAGCUAACUUCAAGAUCAAUGCGAAGAAGUGCGAGGGGGCAAAGACACAAGUCCUGUACUUGGGCCACGUGAUAGACGGAGAUGGCAUUAAACCUGAGGACAGUAAGAUAGCGGCAAUUAGGGACAAGCCGACGCCCCGCACAUUGACAGAGUUGCGGUCGUUCCUAGGCCUAGCUAACUAUUACAGGAAGUUCGUGAUGAACUUCUCGACUAUCGCCGCUCCCCUUCGCAGGUUGCUCAAGAAAGAGGCAAUCUGGCAGUGGGAUAAGGACUGUACGUCUGCGCUAAAGAAGUUAAAGCGCGCGUUAAUCGAGUACCCUGUCCUCAAAGUAGCAGAUCCAUCUUUGCCAUUUGUCGUCACUACGGACGCGAGUCAGUAUGGUAUAGGCGUCGUGUUACAGGAAGACGACGACAAUGGCUACAGACCCGUAGAGUUCAUGUCAGCGAGGAUGCCCUCAGAGAAGGUUGCUACCUCGACGUACGAGAGAGAACUCAAGCUCUCAGGCAAGCUUAGAGCACAGGAAGCAUUACCUGCUUGGGAGGCACUUCAAGGUGUAUUCAGACCAUGAGACGCUUAGAUGGCUGAAGACGC